AUGGGUGCGACUACGGGCCGCUUAAGCAACAACCCCGCCAUGCCUCCGCUAGAUGCCUUGGCUCAGAUGAUUAAAGAUGGGCGAAAGAUCACCUUUUUCCAAGGUGCCGGGAUCUCCACAGGAGCGGGUAUCCCUGACUUCCGCUCUCCCAAAACGGGUCUUUAUGCCAACUUGGCUCAAUACAAUUUACCUUAUCCUGAAGCCGUUUUUGAUAUCGAUUACUUCGAAGAGAACCCCCUGCCGUUUUACACAUUAGCCCAUGAAUUGUACCCGGGCAAUUUCAAGCCUACAAAGUUUCAUUACUUCCAAAAGCUCUUGCAAGACCGCGGACAGAUCAAUCGAAUUUACACCCAGAAUAUUGAUACUCUCGAGCGCAUCGCUGGGAUAAAGGAUGAAUUGAUCGUUGAAGCCCACGGUUCAUUUGCCACGAAUCAUUGUAUCAAAUGCAGCAAGGAGAUGGACAAUGACACCAUCAAAAAGCAUAUGCAUAAAGAAUUUAACGAGGAUGGUAUCCCUCGUUGCUCUUGUGGGGGACUAGUCAAACCUGAUAUCACCUUCUUUGGUGAGGGAUUACCCUCUAAAUUCUUUGAUCUGUGGGAGGAGGAUGCCGAAGACGUUGAUUUAGCCAUAGUCGUGGGGACCUCAUUACAGGUAUAUCCAUUCGCCAGCUUGCCCGAAGAAGUUGGAAAAGACGCGACGAGAAUUCUUAUUAACAACAACCGUGUCGGUAACUUUAAGAGAAAGCUGGAUCUUGUGAUCAUUGAUGACGUCGAGAAGGUGAUUGAAGAUUUAGUGGAGCGCUUAGGGUGGAACGGAGAGUUAAAAACCCUUUCACAGGGUGAUGACAAGGAGGUUACUGAGCUUGCUGAUGCUAUCGCUAAGUUGGACGUUGAUAACAAACCCAUCGAUGACGAAACCGCUGAUUCCAAGAAGCUUGACGACGAGACUACUGUUGAAAAGAGUGCUGAUGAAAAACAUACUAAUGAGAAGCAAGAUGAUAAGAAGACUGUUGAUAAUAAGGUACUGAACAAGACCAACAGCGAAAACGCUAGAGGAAAAGAUGCUCCAAUUGUUACCGACGGGGAAAAUCUCAAAGAUGAUGUCGAAAGCGAUAAAGUUAACGCCAAGGAAGUGGAAACACCCAAUGAUGAAACUCCAGAAAACACCGCAGAUCUUGGGGCACCCACUGAAAAACCAGUUCAUGAUCCUAAAAAAGAUUCCGAUUCUUAG